AUGCCCACGCCGUUGCACGCGACGCUGCGACUCCCCGUGCGUCGUGUGGCGCAGUCGUCGUCAUGUCCGUCAGUGCCGGCGUCUGUGGAUGUGCACCUGGCGACGAACAGCAGCGCGGUGCUGCAGUGGUGGCAGUGCGAGUACGACCCUUUUCUUCUUGGGUGCGAUGCUAGUCCACAGAGGACGGCCGGGACAACGCCGCCAGCGACGACCGCGACGCAUGUACUGGCCAGCACCCGCGUCAAUGCCCACGUUGGCCCGCCAGGACCGCCGCUGGGCUACCCCGAUUACAUCGCGAUAGAGGCGAAGCAGUACACUGAAGGUGUCCUGCGGGGUGAGACGUACGCCUACCACCACACAGCAGCGGUAGGGGCUGUCCCGGCGCCCCCACCCGGUGCGGCGUACCUCUCACCAGUGAAGUGGAUCCAGCAGCCAUUGCUGGACGGCUUCGUCGCGCAGCGCCUCACUGCACACACCGGCGUGACGACCGGCUCGCUUCUCGACACCCGGCGUACGGCGAUGGCACUCGGCCGUCAGCUGCCGCCCGUUGAACUGUCGCCGUUCUACGCGGCCAGUGCAUUGCUCGAUCGGUGGUGCCUGUUCGGCGAGGCGGCAGCAGUGGUGCCGCCCAUGCCGUCGUCAUCAGGCGCGACCUUGGAUCGGCCGCGGCAGUCGCAGCUGCCGCACGAUGCGGCCGCGCAUCACCUCCGCAUCGCAGAGCUGGCGCUCGGGGCGGGGCUUUUGUCGAACUACCGCGCCGUGUGGCUGAACGGCGCCGUUCUCUCGCACUCCGGCACAGGCCGCUCUGUCCUUGUACUCGGUCCCCGACGCAGCGGGAAGACGACGCUAGCCCUGCACUGUCUUUCGGCAGCUGCGAUGCAGGCGCCCCGCAGCGCGAGCCCCGACAGCGGUGUGCGGCUGACGGCGGCGGAACACUUUUUUCUGACAGCUGGCAUGCCUGUUCGACGCAUGCUAGACCCCACCAGCGCGCGGCUCACAUCACCGACCAUCUUCGCAUGCUCCCUGCCGCACCACAUCACCGUGGGUCUUGGCGCCGUGUUGGGCACUCUGCGGCCGAACCCUGGCUUGGCAGCCGCCGUGGAGCUCCCGCCCUUUCUCCGGUCCGAAGCCGGCCUACGCGCCUUCCUGCGCAACACCGACGGUGUGCUGUGGGACAUGAGCAAGACGUACCGCGUGCGACUCGAAGACACCUACACGGCAUCCUCGCCUGACACCGGCACGCAGUGGGACCCCGUCGCUGUAAACACCCUGGCAGGCGUGGUGCUGCUCGACUGGAACGUGCAGGAGCUCGCCAGCACAUCGCCGACGCCGGUGCGCAACGCGGUUCGCGAGAUCCCGCUGCACGACGGCGGCGUGGAAGAGCUCCUGAAGCGGGCGCAGGACUACAUGUUUCACGGGCAUCAUCUCCUGCGCACUGUCUACGACGCGCCGCAGGACGCGCCCGCACGGCUUGCAGACGCUCUUGCAGGUGAGUGGGGCACGGCGCGGGCCCAGUCCCUCGAUGACGCCACCGCGCCAGCCCUGCACUGCAUCGAGGGUUCUGUUAACUUCGACCUCGCCACGCACCUUAUCUUGAGCCUCCUCAGCACACAUGCGUGA